AUGAUUGAAAACGUAAUAAUGGAUAGUGUUGCUGAAACUCACUCGUCGGGCAAUUGUUCGCCUGGAGCCGCGCGCCAGAACGAGGACCCCAACGAGGAAGAUCAACGAGUUGCCUUCCUGGACAGACGCCGCGAUAUGCUCGCCCAUCGACUCACAGCAACUUGUGGAGCCGGACACCAUGCGGACUACCCAGAAACACUGUACCACGGAGCUCAGCAGCCGCAAAGGCACAAACCAGAACAUCAUUUACGAGGAUCAUACUUCACGACAGCCACGCCAAUCCAAAACCAGUGGACCAGGGAGCUUCUUGGCAGCACAGAAACAAACGAGAACAUCAUUUGCGACGUCAAAGUCAACAGCAGCUACGUCAAUCCGAGAACACAGUACCUAGGAGCUCAGCAGCAGCACAGAAUUCAUAGCAGCCACGUCAAUCCGAGAGCACCGUGCCAAAGACCGUUUACGAGGUCAAAAUCAACGACAGCCACGCCAAUCCGAGCGCGCUUUGCCAAGCAACACAGCAGCCGCAAGGAGACAAACGAGGACACUAUUUACGAAGGCCCAGCCAACGACAACCACGCCAAUCCGAGAGCCGGCUGGAGCGAAGAAGGCAGCUCGGCUCACAGCAACAAACUGGGCUCGAUGGAACUCUCAAGCCUGCUCGAUCCAUGCAAAUUCCUGCGGGAAGUCAAUGUUGGAACCAUGACGAUACACCGAAACGCCCAGCCUCGCCAGGAGACGAAUGGAGGUGCUGAGAAGGUCAGCGGCUGCAAAGAAACUCACGAGAGCAGCAUCUACGGCUUCGAAAACUCAAUUGAAGUCCAAAUUCCCGCAUAUCUGUGGGUCAGGGUAGCUGUGUGCAAUCUUUGUUGUCGGCACCAAACCCGCCGGGAAACUGCGACGUCGCAGAUGUCUUCGAUACGGCCAUUUGAGGUGGCGACAAACAGUGCUUGCAUCUCAAAUCUAUCACAUGCCGUCUUCGAAAUCAACAUUGCCGAUCGCAAUACGCCGCAAGAGCAUUCAAAUCUCGAAGAAAAAUCACCUACCGUCUUCGAAGUUAACAUUUUCAACUACACUGCUAUUCCAGCGUUCACAGACAGCUUUCUCAAAUAUUGUAGAAACAAAGAUCGCACUUCGCAUCGCCUCUCUUUGCCUUUCCUUCCUCCAGAUCGAAGUAAAUUUGCAGGUAGGUCUCUUGCUGAAAUCAAAACACACUUCUCCCUCUUUCCUCUUAGAUCUCCGCUGAGAUCUCCGACCUGCUCCUCCGUCUUCGUAGUGGUAUGCAAAUCUUUGUCAAGACUCUCACCGACAACACUAGGCCGCACCAUCUCUGAUUACAACAUUCAGAAGAAAUUUUUGUCAAGACUCUCACACUGGAAGUGGAAUCAUCAGACACCAUCGACAACGUCAAGCCGAAGAUUCAAGACAAGGAGGGAAUCCCACCAGACCAGCAGCGUCUCAUUUUCGCCAGCAAGCAGCUCGAGAGAACUGCCGCACUCUCUCCGACUACAACAUCCAGAAAGAAUCCUCGCCUCUCCUCCGUCUCUCCUCCCGCCAGAAAAAAAAAUGGCACAUACAUUCGCCUCCCCAGCCCGCGAACAGACUCCUCUGGCCUCCCACCUGCGCAUUUUGGAAGAACAUACAUAUUACCACCAAGUCGCGGAGAGCAUGCAAUUCAAACGCACCAAAAUUUCCCAGAUUCAGACGCUGCAGCAUAAAAUCACGGAAGCGUUCGGACACAUUCAUAACGCGCAAAUCAAUCUUUACGCUUACAAUCGCUGGUUUCGCGAGCAUUAUCCAGCAGCAUAUGCGGAGUUUUUGGCCUCGUUUGCGGAGAGGGAGAGGUUGGAGGAGUGUUUGGAGGUUGUGGAGCAGGAUAUUUCGAAGCAGAAGGGUAUCGUGGAGUCGAUUUUGGGGUGUUGGCCGGAGUUUGGGUGGAGGUUUGGGACGAAUGGGUCGUUGAGUCCGGGGUUUUGGUCGAUUGCUAUGUUGAGGAAGUUGGCGUUUUUAGCGAAGAGGGGGGAGUGUGAGUAUGUGGUGGCGUGUGUAGAGGAGGCGGUAAUGGAAAGGGUAAGGGAUCGGGUGGGAAGAGCUGGGGUGCCGAGAGAGCCGAGGGUGAUGAGUUGUGAUUUGGAAUCGGUCAGAGGGAGGUUGGAAGAGGAGGAGAAGGCUGGAGGAGGAGAGGAGGGGAGGGGGAGUGUUCGGGUAGGGGAGAAGAGGAAGAGGAAGGGAAGAUUGGCUGCGCCGAACUGGGCUGCUCGAGAUGCCUAUAGGGCAAAAUUUCAGGCUGGUCAGUAUGGCAGUAAUGCUAGGGAGGGGGAUGGAGGAUUGGGAGAGGAAGAAGAAGACGAAGAGCCAGUGGAUGAAGGAGGAGAAGGAGAUUCCGUGGAGGGAGGUCGGGCGGGCGGUUCUCCGCUACAAGAUGCCUCCUCCGUCGCCGCUCAGGGCGGCGAUGGCGAGGACGACAACGACGACGAAGACGAAGACGACGAUGAUGAAGAUGAGGACGAGGAUGAGCCAGCACCACCACCAGCGCCGCCAAAGAAGAAGACCCGCGGCCCGAACAAAACCGGGCCUCUCGAUGCUGCCGAAGAGCAGACUUUGCUGCGCCUUUUGAGGCGAUACCAGCCCGCUUCUGCUCGGGUGGAUAGUGCUCGCAAGAGCAUUAUUCGAGAUCUGUCGUAG